CACUUUGAAGCAGUUCAAAGGAAAAUAAUGACAUUCUUUCACAUUUCUUCUUGGAAUAAUUACACGGCGAUUUUUAGCUUUUCCUCUUUGGACUCAGUUCCUUCAUGCAAUGUUAAUCAUUGUGAUACGAAUUGAGAUUGAAUAAACAGGAAUAAAAUGAAUAUCAAUUAUUCACGCCUAUAAAUAACGCUAAUUUGUCCCGAGACAUGUUGAUUUUUCCUGAUCCGUUCACUUCGAUGCGCCAUCUGCCCCUUUAACGAUUUGUUCACUACGAUGAUGUAUCAUAGCAAACUUUGCUCUGCUUUUUUCUUCCUGCGCAAAGCUCGCGAUUCAAUUCGACAUCGGGAUCUAUAAAGAAAAGAAGGAAGGACGAACCGAAGCACAAAAGUUCUGCUGCUAUUUGUCUAUCUGAACAGAGCAUGCGCGACAGAACCUAGAGGGUGUAUGUAAAUAGCACAAGUUCAAAUAAUUAUUUGUUGUGUAUGAGAAAACAGGUAAACGCUGAAGAAAACUUUACAAUUCAAUGGAAUGACACAGAAUCAAGUUAGAUUGUUGAUAAAACGGAUUAAAAUCUCAUUAUUUGAAGGCACGGAAAUCAGGAUAGCGUUUCAUUUUUCCAUAGCGGCAUCUAGUGUUCCCUAGGAGAAAUAUAUGAAUCAAGUGUACGUAAGUUUAAAUGAAAUCACAAAGUGGAAGAAAAUGAGAACGUUUUCAUUCACUGUGAUUUAAAUGUGGUGUUUUAUUUUAAGCGCAGAACAUACGAUGUGUAAAAUUCGUUUGUGGAAGACGUGGAUUUCAACACAGGUGUUUAAUUAACUUAAAAACUAAACGAUCCGUUUGGAAAGAAUUCGUCUUCUAACCUGGAUAAAAUAUGUGAAAGGAUGUUCCUAUAGUUUUAUAAAUAUUUGACAGCACUAAAAGCAAGGAAGACUUUGAAUAUAUUAAACGUGUUUGUAAGAAAAUAUUUACCGAUUUAAACGGAGGUGUUUGUUCCAAUCAUCUCGCCAAACGAAGGCUUGGAAUCGAUCUUAAAGUCGCUAAAUGUUUGCCAAACUAACACUUGAAGAAGGAAGGGAACAAAAGCUUAACAUUGUAUUCUACCGGUGCCAAACAGCGGAGACCAAAACGCCCGGAACAUUGGAGCGAAUAGGCAGAAUUCAUCAAUGUUUGCUCUAGACUUAAAUCAAGUGAGUGUGCAACUGCCAAUGCCAAACCUAGUAUUCCAGGGCUUCGAUUCUUUGAUUGAAUAUGGUGACAAAUUUCACUUGGUAUAAUUGGAAUUCCAGCACAUUAGCUGUGUCUUACGAAGUGCUUAACAAUGUCACGGACUUGAACGAAAGCAGCACCACGGAGGAACCGGUGGACCCCCACCAGGGUUCGGGGGAGCCCUACACCCUGGCCGAGAGUAUCAUCAUAGGGACCAUCCUCUCCCUAUUCAUCUUUGUGGCGGUGUUUGGUAAUGUGCUGGUUUGUGUGGCUGUGUUUAAAGACAGGAGACUUCGACAUCGGACUUACGCCUUCAUCGUGUCUCUGGCUAUAGCCGACCUGCUCGUCGCCUUACUCGUUAUGACGUUUGCCGUGGUAAAUGACAUCCUUAACAAAUGGUUGUUCGGACCGGUCUUCUGUAACAUUUGGAUUUCUUCCGAUAUCAACUGUUCCACAGCUUCAAUUCUUAACUUGUGUGCUAUAAGCCUGGAUCGGUACAUUCAUAUCAAAGACCCUUAUAAAUAUAAAACCUUCAUGACCAAGAAAAUGAUGGUGAUUAUGAUAUCCACCGUGUGGAUUUUAUCCCUGACUUUGUCCUUCCUGCCGAUUCAUUUGCAGUGGCAUCGCAAUGCCGAGGACCGUUACAAACCUCUUCCUGAAAACUUGUGUGUAAUGGAUCUCAACCCCGUUUAUUCUGUAGUCUCAUCAACGAUAAGCUUUUAUUUACCGUGUAUCAUAAUGAUUAUUAUUUACGUUAAGUUGUAUUGUGCCGCGCGAAGUCACGUCAAGGAAAUACGCAAGACAAGUUUCCACAUGCCAAAUGGCGGCAAAGGUGGGGGAUCUGGGUCAAAGGACCACAAAGCCGCUGUAACACUAGGAAUUAUUAUGGGUGUGUUUCUGUUGUGUUGGAUGCCUUUCUUUGUGGUUAACUUGGUUGAAGCAUUUUGUAAAUGUGUUCCUAUAUUGAUGUUUAAGAUUUUAACAUGGCUGGGAUACGUGAAUUCGUGCUUGAACCCAAUAAUUUACAGCAUUUUUAACAAGGAAUUUAGAAAUGCUUUCCGAAAAAUCCUCUUUCCUGAUUCGUGCAAAUGCGUAAGGCCUAAACGAAAUGGUUAUGCGCAGAGCAGUAGGACCACAAGCAAAUCCUUAAUUUCAAAAUCGGAAUAUAUCAUGCAAUCAGUAGAAAAUGGAAACAGAAGGGACUGUAAAGAACCCUUGUGUGCAGAAGGCACGCCUCUUUAGUCACGUGUGAUGUAAGUGACAAAUGAGGUAAACUUGUGCUCGAAUUUCUUUACUCGUAUACAUACUGAUAUUUACGGUAAAACAGUAACCGUCGCAAAGAACUGUGAUUAUUUAAUGGUCGUAUAUGUCAUAUAUAUUUAAAGCUGAUUGGUCGGAUAUCUAUGUAAUUAAAACCCAUGAUAGUUGUGAUCUGUAUGAAAUAUCUAUUUCUUUUUUAUGCCAGUCAAAGCAGUAUUUUCAUUUCGCCUGAACUUUAAAUAUCCAAAUCUUGUCUUUCAAAAAGUGUUUGAUAUUGUUCCGAUUUGUAAAGAAUCGAUAAAUUGCUUAUGUCCACGCCAAGUCAAUACCAACUAGCAUUAAAAUGUCUGAUAUUCAAAGAGUUUCUAAAUUUAUCGAAUCCUCCUAUUUAAACACCUUUAGAUCAUAAUUCGCUGCAGGGCUUACAAGCUCUAUCCAACUGACCUAGAAAAAAUCUUUUUGUAUCAAAAAAAAUAAAAAAAGAAAGAGGGGAAAAUGGGAAAAGGAUUCCAGAACGGCGUGUAGUGCCAAUUUCGCAACAAUCUUCAGUACAGUGGGUUUAUCAUGAUGCCAAAUUAUUUAUAUAUCAUUUAAUCAAAUGCAAGUAUACACACAAGCUCGGUGACAAUGCUUUAACGUAGUUGACUUUUCUUGUGAAUGCCUUAUUAAUAAAAAUAAAGUACUUUUGAAAAUGAUUUUUUAUUCAGUUUGUUUAUGAUUUUAAAAAAAUGGUUAGACAUGUUCUUCAAAAUCAGGCCAGUAGUCUAGUUAUAGGAUAUUUAUCUUUUUCCUUACCUAUCGUGUUUAAUGAGGGAGGGGGGAAUAUUUGAUCACGGCAAUUAUGAAAAAGCAAGUCAUUCGCUAUCAGGAAUAAUUCUUUUCCUUUUUAACUAAACACUUACUAGACCAUAUUUAUAAACAAAGAAAAAAGCAAUCCCUUUUCCGUGUGAAAUGUUUUUUGUUUUAAAUCUUUUCUAUUUAUUAAAGUACGAUCUGGAUUGCAAAAAAUCAGUGAUAAUUAAAAUUGGACUGUCAGUUUUUGACAAGUUGUAUCGAUUUAAAGUAUUUUAGUCAUCAACGACUACAAAACAUCGCCAAAUGCCACAAUUAGGGACUGUUAGAAAGGUUGUCAACGAUCAAUUUUUACCUAAGUAUUGUUUAGUCAGACUGAUGGUUAGAGUAAAAUAUGCUAUAGAAGUAGUUUCAGAUAUAUUUACUUUACUUUAGACCAUAACCAAUUAAAUCCUCUGCGACUAAAACAAUAUUCUUUUUAAUACUCACGAAAACAUCGCUUUUGUGUAGGCUGUUCUACACAUAGCUUGAAACAUAUUUGGAAGUGACCUUUAGUGUCGUAUAGAACUAGUUCUGCAAAUGGAUUUAGAAUAUUUUAUAUUUUAAAACGUUUGUGUAUUUGAUUGGCCGAAUCAAAACCCCAUUUAUUUCUUUUAUGAGAUCUAGACGGACAAUUCUAUCGCAUUGUUAAACUGACAUGAACGUUUUGAAAUCCAUUUAGUCAUAGCAGUAUAUUUUCAAAGAGACAAUCGUUCUUAUGCUUUUAUCUCAUUAUACUAUUUAUUGAUUAUAGACUGUUACACAUCUGCUUGACAGUAAUUCAUUGCAAUAAAAAGUCAACGGACA